AUGGAGUCCUUGAUAAACAACCUUCAGCAGUGGUUGAAGAGACACAAAGUAGAUGAUGCACCCGGAGACAGUGGAGGUGUACGACCAAAAAGAGAGAAGCAUUGAUAUGAUAAGGAAAAGAGAGACCCAGUCUGUAUCUUUUGUGAGGGAAAGCAUUGGGGAGACACAUGCGAAGUCAUUAACACAAUAGAAGCAAGAAGACAGUUCUUCCAAGAAAAGAAAUUGUGUUUCAAAUUCUUGUGGCCGCGCAGGACACUGGGGGAAGCAAUGUCGAAGCCGAGUAUGUUUCAAGUGCAAGUCAAAGCAUCAUACAAGUCUUUGUGAGAAGAAUAAGAAUAGACCACCCGGUGACAACGGAACUGUGUUAACAAGCUAUUCUCCUUCAGCCGAUGAAUGGUCAUUGCCAUCCAUAAUACCUGUAAAGAUAAAAGGCAAAACAUUUUGGGCAUACCUGGACACUGGAACUGGGAGGAAUUUCAUUACAAGCGAAGUGGCCAAAAGGUUAAAACUCAAAGCUGAACGUCACGAAGUACGAGAUAUUCUCACCAUAAAUGGCUCAAAGAAACAGUCUAUGCCUAUCUUUAACCUCUUAAUUGAGUCACUAGAUGGUAAAGCGAGUGAGAAGAUUCAGGUAACUGGAACAAAACUGCAAGACUUCACAACCGUGCAAAGACCGGAUAUAAACAGGUUAAAGGAGCAGUAUAAGCAUACCAAAGACAAGAGGUUUUACAAACAGAUUGGAGACGAGUAUCCUAUACACGUGAUUUUAGGAGUACCUACUGUCAAAUAA